UUGAACAUCAUAACAAUACAAGCCCUAAGAAAAGUGUCAUCGUUUCCAAAAACUUUACAAACACUGCUGCUAAGUCUGGCGGUGUCUGAUCUUGGUGUAAGUUUGCUUGUCAAACCUUUAUUCAUAGUAGAUCUAGUUUUGAAAACAGCGGAACGGAUCACAAACAAUUACCGGAUUUGUACUUUGAGCUUGGAGAUCGGACAGGUUCUAUUUGCCUCUGCUUCUUUCGUUGGUGUUGUCGCAUUAACUGUCGAUAGAUUCUUGGCAAUCCAUCUUCAUCGAAGAUACCAGGAACUUGUGACUCAUAAGCGUGUUGUUGCUGCAGUGAUCUCAAUCUGGGUGUUUAGCGCAUUAGUUUCCAUUCUUGAAUCGAUCCAGAUCAAAAGCGAGGUCAUAUUUAUAAUAUUAAUAAGCACGGAGACUGUGUGUUACAUUACUACAGGAUUGCUUUACUGCAAGAUAUACGUAGCCGUACAACACCACAGAAAUAAGAUUCACGCCCUGCAAGUCCAGCAAAUAGCACAGAAUGGAGAAUUGGCCGCCAAUUCCUCAAGACUGACAAAGACUGCGGCUGGUACAUUUUACGUGUAUGUCGUG